AACCUCAACCCUUUCUCUGCAUCACUAACACAAUAACACCCCUACAAACAUAUAGUCACGGGUUUGCCUUGAAAUACCUUUUUUCACACACACGUUUAUGCCUAUAUUCUACUUUUUCUGUCACCGUCAUUUUUCUUCUUUUAUAGCACCAUUCAUUCAUUCAUUCCUUCGCAUGCUUACUCUGUCUCUUUCUUUCUCUCUCUGAUAUUUCUUCUGUCACUUGGCAAUGGCUCUUCUACUUGAUAACUGUGAGAGCAUUUUGCUCUCUUUGGACACACACAAAUCAGUUCCUGCACCUUUCCUUACCAAAACAUAUCAACUUGUCGAUGAUCCCUCCACCGACCACAUAGUCUCUUGGGGCGAGGACGACGCUACCUUCGUUGUUUGGCGGCCCCCAGAGUUUGCUAGAGACCUUCUCCCCAACUACUUCAAACACAACAACUUCUCUAGCUUUGUUCGCCAACUCAACACCUAUGGUUUCAGAAAGAUUGUGCCUGAUAGAUGGGAGUUCGCAAAUGAGUUCUUCAAGAAAGGAGAGAAGCACUUGCUGUGCGAGAUCCACAGAAGGAAAACCCAUCACCACCAUCACCAACAAGUCCAUCAUCAGUUUGGACUCAAUCUUCCCCCUUUCUUUCCCUUCCCUCCACAUGACUCCGACGAGUUACCCAAUUGCUUCGACUCCCCCCCUAGAGGAGUUCCAACUAGAAACAACAUCAUCAACGACAACACCAACACCUACAACACUGUCACUGCACUUUCUGAGGACAACGAAAGACUGAGGAGAAGCAACAACAUGCUCAUGUCAGAGCUCGCACACAUGAAGAAGCUUUACAACGACAUCAUCUACUUUGUUCAAAACCAUGUCAAACCCGUGGCUCCAAGCAACACUUACCCUUCUCUUCUACUAUGCAAUAACAGCACCACCAACAACAACUCUCACAUAAACAACGUUUCAACAGUUCAGAGACCGGUGAAACAAUUCGUGGCGUGUUAUUCCAACAACAGUAAGCAAGCGCGUACUGUGAACUCUCCCACUAACAGCUCCAUCACCAUCGUUGAAGAUGAACCUAUCAGUAACAGCAGCAAGACCAAGCUUUUCGGAGUGUCUCUUCAAUCCAAGAAAAGGGUGCACCCCGAGUACGGAUCUAACAAUCUUCAAACUUCAGAAACCAAUAAGGCGCGUUUGCUGGUGGAAAAUGAUGAUUUCUUUGGCUUAAAUCUCAUGCCCCCUUCAACCUGUUAGUCACACUCCUCCCCAAAUUCUUAACUUUAGACGAAUCUUGCCAUUUCCUUUUAAAUGCUUCACAUAUAUGUAUGUAUAAAUCUGAAAAAAUAUAUAUAAUUUUUUUCCUUGA